AUGGGCGUGUGCCUGGUAGGCGUGGAUGGGCGUGAUGGUGGAAUAUUACUACAUGGAAAUCGAAUCGGGAAAAUAGGUUGGGCGCCGUCUACAGCCUUGUAUCCAGAGCAUGGCCAGCCACGUUCAGCACGCACAUCUGCCCAGAAAUGGAUACUAUUUGCAGAUUCAGAAAGCAGAUUGGAGCCUUUAAGGGAAGUGUACAUGCGAUGUGUGCUCCCAGUUUGCUAAUGUCUCCGCGUCGAUGUCUCACGCUAUCGGAAGGUCGGUGUUUGAAGAUUUAAAAUUCUUGAAAAUAGUCAUAUGCUUAUAGCUUAAGUAUUUGAGAAGUGUUCCUUUUUAAUGGAUUUUCAUUCGUCAGAUAGGUUACAUUGCCCAUCGCUUGCGAAAGAAUAUGGUAUUUCCCGAGAAACUACUACUGGACCAAGUGCAAUCAAAAUCUUCAGAAAACUCUUUAAAAAACUGGUGUAGCGAAAAGAACACGAGCAACAUGUGCCAAGUAAUUGAAGCUCCAAACGGCAACAGAAUGGAUAAUCCUGAAGAUGAUUUUCAAGAAGGUAGAUUUAAGAACAAUACAAACUUCGAGGAGGCGAAUAGAAAAUUCAUUCAAGACAGAAUCAGGCAUUUGGUGGACGCGUUUUCGACUAGAGCUGAAGCAGUGAAGGAAGUGAUCAAAUCUCCUGCAACCCCGUCUUCCGCUGUAAGCCAAGAGACAUUAGAUCAAGAUCAACCACCAUCACCUAAGCCAAAAUUGAGUAUUUCGUUUGCGAAUAAAUAUGACGUCACACCCAAGGCAAGCCUAGAGGAACUGGACCAUCCUUAUACAUUUUGUGAUUCAGGAGUGAUAGACCCCAACGAAAAAUUCUACAUAGUAUGGAUGUCUAUAGCGUCAAUAUCAGUAUUAUACAACGGCUGGGUAAUACUAUUGAGGAGUACAUUUCCUUACCAGACACCUCAAAACCGAGCUGUUUGGAUGACAUUCGAUUACGUCGCAGACACAAUAUAUUUUGCUGAUAUGAUUUUUAUACAACCUAGGAUACAAUACUUACAAGAUGGGUUCUGGGUGACAGAUAGAACUUUGCUCAGGAAUAGGUACAUGAAAAGCGUCAGGUUCAAGCUCGAUCUGGUAUCGCUACUUCCUCUGGAUGUGCUGUACUUCUUCAUCAAUCCUGAAGCAGUGUUGCUCCGAUUUCCGCGAUUUUUCAAAACUCAUUCUUUCACGGAAUUCUGCAGCUUCGUGGACAAGCUUCUGCCAAAUCCUUACAUCAUCAGAUUGACCAAAACGUUGAUGAAUAUGAUGUACCUGAUCCAUCUGAAUGCCUGUGCUUACUACGCGUUUUCGUCGUGGGAAGGAAUUGGCAGUAAUGGGUUUGUCUAUAGUGGAGAAGGGAAUGCGUACAUCAAGUGUUUCUACUUUGCUACGAAGACCGCCACCUCUAUUGGUAAGAAAUGUAAAGCCAA